AUGAGGGUUUUUAAGAAGAAAGUAUUGUCGAGGAAUCAUCAGCCAUGGAAGAAAAAGAAGAGAAGAAGACGAGAGGAGAGAUCAAGAGAUGAUGAUAAACCACAACCAAACCAUAUUCCUAUUGAUCUAACCGUGGAGAUACUCUCAAGACUUCCUGCAAAAUCAAUCAUGAGAUAUCAAUGUGUCUCAAAGUUGUGGUCUUCUAUUACAAGACUUCCAAGUUUUAUCAACUCAUUCACGUCUCGGGCCUCUCCACGUCUCUUGCUAACCUUUAAAUAUCACAAAAAGAAACUAGUUUUCUCGUUCCCUCAAAACCAGAACACUGACGGGUCUUAUUCUCCGGUAUAUAGUUAUCACAUGGAAAACACUAAUUAUGAUCGCUAUCUACAAUGGGAGAGCGUCCAGGGAUUGAUUUUAUUAUACGGAUUAAAGAUUUGGAACCCAAGCUUGAGACGUGUUUUAACCUUGCCACGUCCCAAAGGGCACAUCCCCACCUCUCUUUAUACUCGUAAGUCUUAUUUAGGUUACGAUCCAUUGGAGGGUAAACACAAAGUACUAUCAUUAUAUUAUUAUGGAAGUAAUAAUUUUGUAAAGCCUAUGAUUCUUACAUUGGGAGCUCAAGAAUCAUGGAGAAGAGUAACCAAAGAUGGAGAUGGACACAAAUGGACGCGUCAAUGUUUGCCUGGUGUACGGUUUAGUAGGGAAUGGAGUAAUAAUCAUAUGCAUUUCAAGGGUAUUACUGAUGCUGGUGAGCUUGUUUUUGCACCAGGAAGUUUUGUUGACUCUUUUCGUAUUCUAUAUUUCGAUCCUAGGAGAAACACCACUAGAGAAGCCUUGUUUAAAGGAUUUAUGGAUGAUGAGUUUAGACGCAGUGAUGAUGGAGUUCCUAACUACGAAAAAUGUAUAAAUGUUUUCCCUAAUCACAUGGAGAGUCUCGUGUCUUUGUAA